GAAAACUGAAUUUGUUAUUCACUCGCGAAGUGGACGUCGUUCGCAUCGGCCAUUUUUAUUUUUUGACGUUCUAUUUUUUUUUAAUACUGUGUGUUUCGUUUUUGGUGGCAAAAUAGUUCUUUAGUGACUUUUAUAUGGAUUUUGACGAAAAAAAUAGUGUUUUGAAGUGUUAUAUUUACGUUUAAAUACGUAUAAAAUGUUAUGAAAAAAUCUAGACUGAAAAGUGAUGUGAAAAUCCAGCAAAAUGUCUGAAAAAGAAGGACCAGUUACCGUUGAGGAUCUGCCUAUGUCAUUUCAAGUGAAAUACUUAGGCCAGAGCGAUGCACGAGGACUUUGGGGUAUCAAGCAUACGAGGAAACCAGUGGAUCAGAUGGUUGCAGUAGCCAAGGCACUCCCACCAGGUCAAAUCCUCCCCAUAGUAAAACUCACAAUCACAGUCGACGGUGUUCACUUGGAAACUAUCAACCACGGUGCCAGCCGCGAUGAGUUUGAGCACAUGACAGUAUUCUUCAACAUAGAAUCCAUAUCCUAUGGGGUUCAAGACUUGGUGUAUACCAGGGUGUUCUCAAUGAUAAUUGUUAAGGAUAAUGCUGAUGUUAAAGGAUUGAAUCCUUUUGAGUGUCAUGCGUUUGUUUGUGAGUCGAGAAAUGCGGCAAGACGCCUCACGUACUCAUUAGCGGCUGCUUUCCAAGAUUAUUCUAGAAGAGUGAAAGAAAUGCAAGCCAAUGCAGGUGAAAACUGGCCAUCACCCUGGCAUAUCCUACAGCGGAAGGUGACAGGGUGAACUCCUAGCUGGCACCUACCAAAGUACGAUGAGAGCAAAGCGCCGAGUCCUAAAAAGAAGUUUGCUAUCGACCUUCGAACCCCUGAAGAGAUUGAAGCUGAACUGGAAACGGAGGCGUGAUAGGUAUAUUUUUAAGACUGAGAGCUCUGCCUCUUUAGGACGCCAAUGGCGACGUCGCCGGCUACGUAUCCAAGCAGUUAAUAUUAAAAUGUAUGGUACCUAACUCACUUGGCGACGGUUUGGCAACGUCACCAAAUUGGAAGCGUGGCCACGAGCUACAGUUCUCUACGCGGCUUCUGGAUACUCUGGACAGCUUGGCUACGAUGCCACGGGUGCUACUUUAAUGUACACGGUAAAGUGCACCUCGCUCACUCAGUCGCCAGUGUGGUCACCAGUCAGCGUGCGAUUUCUUCACCGACGAAGUUAACAAUAGACUGUCGAGACGCCAUGGCCACUCGACUUGGCGACCUUUGGAUACCAGAAGUAGCAAGGCCUGCGCCGUUGGCGACGUCACCAUGGCGUCUUAAUGAGGCAGAGCUCUUAGGUUACUUAAGGAUGAGUCUACACGGUGCAUGUAGCUGGAGCAAGUUAACAUGCGCAAGUGACAAGAGCACGCGGGUGGGUACUUUGCUUUGGUACAUGCGCGAGUCGCUGGACCCGCGCGUUUUUAAAGUGCAUGUAAGCUGCGCAUGUGCCUCAACAUGCGCAAGCUACUUGCACCGUGUAGAUGCACCUUAAGUACAACCAGUAACAAUAGUUGGUUAACUUAACUCGAUCAUCAUUUUAGCCGAGUCUUUUCCCAACUAUGUUGGGGUCGGCUCCCAGUCUAACCAGAUUUUGUUAAAUCGAUUGUCUUAAUAGACUCUUGUUGCUGACUGUAGCUGGAGCAUGUAAAAAAUAAGGCUAUAUUUUGUAUAGGUAUCUAUCACGUAAAAUACAGAUGUGUAUUAUGUAUAUCUAGAAAUAUUAAUGGUAAUAAUGAUAAUAUUGCUUUUCUAAUUGGUAUUUAUAUUUUGGCCAAAAUAUCAAUCAACAUGUAUUUAUGCGCACAAUAAUUAAUUUAAGAAAAUACACCGGCUGUUAAAUUACUUAUAGCAACAUACUAGUAGCGCCAUCUAUUAUGUUACUUUUAAAACUGUUAUUGUAGUUAGGUUUUUACUCACUAGAUGGCAUUAGCAGUCCUUUUCUUUUUAUUUUAUGCUUUGCUCGUGAAAAAUGAAAUCAUUCCAAUAGAACAUAGAAAAGUAUUGAAUAGAGUUACUUAAUAUAUUGAUUGAUUAGUUAUAAAAUUAAGUUUUUACACUAUGUAUAUUUUGCACAAGAGGCUAAAUACCUGUUUAGUUUUUAGCUAUAUUUUGCUGUGGGCAGCGAAAACAUUAUACAUGUUAUAUUAAAAACACGCUACAAAGUUUAAACAUAUUAUAAGCUACAUUAAAAGAAUGCUUUUUUCCUUGAUUAUAUUUUUGCAUAAAUAGAUUACUUCACUAAGUUAAUAUUUUGAGAAUGUGUUUCGCUGCCCACAGUUCAAAUAGUUAUUAUUUGUAAAUAAGCUUUUAAGUAUUUGAUUAUGUAGUUAGGAUCAAAAUUGGCAUCCCUGGGGAAUCUUGACCUAGGUAAAAACCUAACAAAUGCGGUAUUAGGUUUUAAGGUAUUUUUUUAUCUAAAUCCGAGCCAAAAACUAUUUUUGUAAGAAUAUUGAAUAAUAUUCAUUGUAGCCGAAUUCUUUUCAAAAUGUUAUUGCUUAUUAUUUUACACGCUUUUUUUUCAAAAAUGUAGUACUAUAGAGGAUGACCAUAGAGAGAGAACCGUAUAGAUUUAUUUUCACUUCAAAAUAUGAGGUUGAAAUCAGAAUUCACCGGCAUUAACAGCCUUACUACAAAAAGUUAAACAUCUGUUGAACACUUGCAAAAUGGACCUUAUUUCAACGUCAUAAUCGGACAUUUUUUUAGACAAGUGUUCAACAGUCGUUUAACGUCGUGUGGUACGACGAUGUUUUGUGCAGUUGACAGUUGCUGUCAAACUGACAGCUGUCAGCGGCACCAAAAAACCGUCGGUACUUUGAAUAAUUCUGAUUUGGCUUUUUAUUUUCAACUAAUAUCAGUCCGAAUAAAAGUAUGUUUAUUAAUAAUUUGUAAUGUUACCUCAAGAUUUUUGAUAAAAUAGUGAUUAGGUAGUAAAGUUUUGUAUACCAAAAUAAUAAUUUAUGUGAUUUUAGAAUUAAAUAGAUUGUUUCAUAAUUAUCUUUAAGUUAAUAAUUAUAAUUGUUUAUAAUAAAGUUUGUUGUGAA